GCCCCACCCCCAUCACUUUGUUGAACUUUUUAAGAUUUCGACAACAAUGCAAGGAUACAAAAAAUAUCACAACGAAGAAGAGAGCCCUGAAAAAAAAAAUCAGACAUUUCUAGCUUCGGCAGAGAGCAGCAGCAGAAGAACCCCCAGGAAAUAGAAAUGGAUGAUUAUACAAGAGAAAUGAUGGACCUCAAAACCCUCGUCACUCGAACCCUAGAGAAGAAAGGCGUCCUCGCCAAGAUCAGAGCUGAGCUUAGAGCAAGCGUUUUUGAGGCGAUAGAAGAGGAGGAUAGGACCAUUGAAAAGGACGAAGGCUUGCCUCCUGCACUAUUGGGUAGCUGCAAUGAGCGUGCGAAGCAACUCCAUAAUUCCCCUUCAGGAAGGCUGCUAACGGCACUGAUAUGUGAAUAUUUUGACUGGGCUCAGUUAAACCACUCACUUAAAGUUUAUUUACCAGAGUGUAAUUUGCAAAAGGAUUCUUGGAAAUCAGAGCUAAAAGAAUUUAGCAGCAAAAAUGGAUACGAUCUUAACAGGAAUGGGGAUAGUGGCCCAUUGCUUUUGGAUGUUCUCGAAGGAUUCUUGAAGUAUGAGAACUUAUCUCAAGGAAGGGGUGCUGGGAGGAGAUUGACAACACCAGAUGCUGACUCUCUUCCCACUUUAGAAACAAGGAACAUGAGGAGGCCUUCUUCAUCUUCAGUUGCCGGGGGCUUACCUCCAUUGGGAAGGCCAGGUCCUGCAGCCCAGUCAUCUGAUAGAAGAGGAGGUUCGUCGGUAUCUGGAUACAGGAAGGAUGAAUACAACUGGAGUUAUGACAAUGAUGAACUUGCAGAAGAUGUAAGUCGUGCUUCAUCUGCCUUAGAAAACCUUCAGCUGGACAGAAAAGCUCGGAAUCUUACCACUUCCUGGCGGCAUGGAGGGGAUGGCAUGUCCGAGGAAGAUGACAGGGGAGAGUAGGUGUAGCUAAAUGGUCUCCAAAUUACUAAUGUGGAAAUUGAUAUAAUCUUAAACCAUUGAAAUGCUAUGUUGUGUAUUGGCCUGUGAUAUUGCGUAUGAUUGAAAUACUGUAUAUUG